ACUGUAUCCAUCUUCCUCAUCUAUGCAACCCUCCCCUCCUUCACCCACUAAACCAUCUUUACCUUGGUCUCCACAACGCCUUCGACAUUCUAUGGUGAGAUACGGCCGAAAAUAGAAAUCUUUGAGGGGCUUUUAUUUACUUGCCCUUUCUUCCCACGAAAACCCCCAUUGGCUCUCUUUUUCAGCCGCCCCCUUCCUUCAGCUGGCUCCCGCAUUCCUCCUUAACUCUCCCCCACCAACACCCACACCGACACCAACACCUGAAAAUUUCUACACCUUGCUACCUCACGACUCUCUUUCCCUCAAGCAUUUUUAGUAACUUUCAACUUCGCUUCUACCUUUCCUCCAAUUCCACUCUCAUCUCGGCUACAAUGCCUCUAACUCGCAAAUCCACCGGAAUCAAGCCAUCAACCACCUCCACGUACUCCGCUGGAGGUGAAAAAAGUCUCAAACGCCCGAGGAUCACCAAGCCUAUCUUUAUGGAAGUUGGUCCGAAGUUCGGCGGAGGAAGGGGUAAACGUCAAACUUACAUGAUACCUGGCGACGAGGAUGGGGAGGGUGGCACCCCGGCCGGAAUUCGUGCAAACUCUCAGUUUUCCAGCGCCUACGCCAUUAGAUCGCCACCUCAUUCACCACUCCAUGUUACCUCCGUUAACACUGGCACGGUAAUAAGUACGGAAUCCCCUCAAUCUGAUGAUCCAUUGUCGAAUUUAAAUGCGCCAACUAUUGCCGAAACACGAUCUGCGAGACGCACCUUAACCAGAAAAUCCGUUUCAGUUCUCUCCACAAAUACUAAUGAGAAUGGUUCUGUAGCCCCACGCUUCUUUGUUCCCUACGGCCCUGGCGAUGAGCAUAAGAAGAAGAGACGUCUCGACUACACACAAACCGCAGACUCAUUGGAUUACCAUGAUAGCGCUCAGGGCAUGUUGGCCGAGAGGCUCUCUAGGAGUAGAUCGAGGUCUCUUGGAAGGGAUCUUGAACCCCCUAAUAAUAGUGUUGUCGGCGAAGAAAAGACCUCUAUUUCUCUCUCGGGGGACACCAUAUCGUCCUCAUCGUCUCCGCUGUCGCCUUUGCCGUCGUCGAGCAGGUCUUCCCCUAUUUUGAUCGAUGGCGAUUCUCCCCAGAAAGCCGAUCCUUCAAACGAUAAUGGAUCCAACACGCCGUCGCUAGUUAACACUGACCCCACUAACGGCGAUGAUAGCCUUUGCGGGCCUACCGGAGGGAAGGCUAAGGCACCCCCCGUCCCCAGUUGGAAGACUGGAGAAGAAAAGAGAGGAGGAAAGCGCCCGGUAACUUUCAAGAAGGCAACUUAUGGUACAAACGGAAAGGGUGGAUAUAGCACUAUCCCGUAUGCUAAAGAGCUUAUGAAAUCUCAUCCCUUCGCACGUGCGUUGUCCCGGGCCGAGAAACGCCAACAGGAACUUCAAGAGGAGUCAGAAACGGUGACUACGCCUACAGCUGCCCCGCGUGUGGGAAAACGUAAGGAUAAGACUUCAAAGAGAUCUAGCCGCCUACUCCUUGCAACACAUAAGCGUGAUGGCGACCUAUCUCUAGAGGGGGACGAAGAGGCUGUGGCGGAAUCCUCAUUCAUCAAUCCCCGUGAGAAGUUUGGUAAGAAAUCGUGUUUUACAUCCGCCUUGAGAUUUGCUAUUGACUUGGGCAUAGGUUUCGGUGUUAUGAGGGAAGUCAGUCUUAAGAGACUUUCGGAUGAUGAUCUUGAUGGAGAUGAUGAUCUUUCGAGCAAGUCACCGGGACCGGCAAUUGAGGGACGCAAUCUUGCGCAAUCGCCCCCGCCGGGUGCUGAGAAGGGUGUAUGCCAGGGAUGUAACGAACCUCUACCUACCGGUUUCCUCGAUACCUGGAAAAACGGGAAUUUCAGCGAAGGCCAUAUACCGAUGCUCGAGUGGAUGGACAUUUGUACUGAGCAUAAAGCGGUGUCUUUGAGAGAGGAAUGGAUGGAAAGGGGUUACCCUGAAAUCGAUUGGAAGGGAAUGAAAAAGAGGAUCGAAACCCACUACAAGCCUAUCAAAGCCAUUGUACACGGAGAAACUGAAUCCCCAUUCAUGGCCAUCUUCAAGCAGCAAGAGAAGGAUGUCAGAGGCAAUCCCAUUCUCCUCAUUCAAAAAGAUCAUCGCUUGCAAUAUCCUGGAUACUACGGCCCUCGCGGGGCCAACAUCAUGCUACACUGGUUGCUUCGCCGUUUUGGCAAUGAAAUCACCACGCGCAAUAAUGAAACAUCUAACCUGGCUCAUAGUAGCGCUGCGGCAUUCGUUCAGGCUGUUCUCGUCCCUGAGAUGGCCGUCCGCCUUAUCAUGGAGGACAUGAAAAUCACUGAAAAAAGGGCCCGCGAAGUUCUCGAGGAGAGUCGCAGCAUCGGCGAAAUCCUGAAUCUCCAGGAUUACCAGGAAGAUAUCUACGGUACCGGUGGAAAUUGGGUUGACGUGAAUAAUAUCAAAAAUUAAACCACAUCUGCUAUGCCAUUCAAAAGGGGGAUGAGUAACUCUCGUUCCCAUAUCCAAAGCAGCAUGGUCGGUCUUGUUUGCUUUGUUUCACAUUCCUAGCCUCAGGCUCUCAUGAGGUUUGGUGAAUUUUCCUUGUUUAGCGGCGGCGGACUCAUUGUUUUAUACAUGUCUUAUGUUUGGGCGGUAAUUAUGCUUUCUCUUUAAAUCUGUUAUUACUAGAAGCCUUCAAAUGUGUUAUAGCCCACCUCAUGUAUCUUGUACUUUAAGUCUAUGUACCGCCUAUUCACGACUGCAAUGCCAGUCAUAGUACUUUUAACAAAAUAAAAAAAAGUUGAGAAAA